CUUGCUGUGAGUAAUUAUUAAAUACCUUUCUCGCCUUCCCCGUCCUCACAUCCACCGCCAUCAGCGCAGAGAUAGAGAGGGAGGUGAGUUUUAGUAGAGAGAGAGAGAGAGAGAAAGAUUGAGAGAUGUCUUCAGGCAGAUACAUGGCGUAUUCUCCAUCACCAUCAACCGCCCCUCACUCUCCCUUUCGCUCUGCUGCCACUGCUCUCGUGGAGCAGGACAAGUAUCUUUCUGAGCUAUUGGCUGAACGGCAAAAGCUUGGUCCUUUUAUGCAAGUGCUUCCACAUAGCUAUCGGGUUCUGAACCAGGAAAUAGUGCGUGUAACUACUCUGUUGGGGAAUGCAUCACUUUUAGAUCAGAGUGGGCUUGAACAUGCUAGCCCGUUGAAUUCUGGAGGAUUAUAUUCAAAUGGAGGAGCUGAUAUGAAUGGAUGGGCGACACCUUUCCAAUCUGAACGUCUUGGUAUAUUGCAGCAAACAGGCCAUGGCUGGCUUGGAUCACAAGGUGGCUCUUCUGGUCUCAUAGUCAAAAGAACAAUCAGGGUGGAUAUUCCUGUAGAUAAGUACCCCAAUUAUAAUUUUGUUGGGCGCCUCCUUGGCCCAAGAGGAAACUCUUUGAAGCGAGUGGAGGCAAAUACCGAGUGUCGUGUGUUGAUCCGAGGGCGUGGCAGCAUUAAAGAUCCUGCUCGGGAAGAACUGAUGAGGGGAAAGCCAGGUUACGAGCAUCUCAAUGAACCCCUUCACAUACUUGUGGAGGCAGAGUUGCCUAUGGAAAUUAUAGAUGCUCGCCUGAUGCAAGCUCGCGAGAUUCUUGACGACUUGUUAAAGCCUGUGGAUGAGUCGCAGGACUUCUUCAAGAAGCACCAGCUCCGAGAGCUUGCAAUUCUGAAUGGUACACUCAGAGACGAAGGCUCUCACAUGUCUGGUUCUGUUUCUCCCUUCCAAAAUAACAGCCUUGGAAUGAAAAGAGCCAAAACACGGGGGUAAAGAAAGGCUACUACUGCAUGUGGCGACCAACCUCACAAUACAUAUUCCCCACUUAAUACCUUAUGUUAUGCACGUGCCCGUGAAUGUGGAGGAGCCAACUGCUCGGUUCUGUCGCAAAGUGAUGAUGCCAUUUUGGGUUUUGUUGGGUGUGCCUUGUUUUUGGAUCAGGUAAGUUGGGAACAUGAAAUCAAGUGUCCUAUAUUAUUUCUUUCUUUGGUGAAUAUUCUCAUUGUUGGUGAGAGUGGGGGGUGCUUUUGAUCAGAUAUACGUACUUGUGGAGAGAGAGAGAGGGAGAGAGAAAGGCCCCCCAUGCGACCCGGUUGAGUUGUUAUAUUAUUAAGUCCCCAAAUAGCCAAAGGGACCCUGUUGUUUAUGUAGUUUGAUUUGUUAUAUGAUAUGAAUGUAGGUCUAGUUGGGGUUGAUAAUCUUACAAAAAUAUGUAUCUUCUAAUGUUAAUGGGUUGAUUGAGCUUCAUGAAAA